AUGCCAUCAAUUCCUCUGCCUCUAAUCCCCUGGUCCAGAACAACCCUUCUCACGGCCCGUACCUCGCUAGGUGCAUCUGUCACUGUUCAACAGACAGCGCUCGACCUCUUCUCGCUCUACGAUGCAUGGGAUGGAACCCAAACUCUGCCAAUCUGCAUCAGCGCCCCGGAUCCAGAUAAAAUCUUCAAUGGUCGCGACUCGGAUAACCAGCCGAGCAAAAGGCGCUGGGAGGAACUUGGUACAGCUUGGGUCGAAGGUCUCCCCGAGGAGAUGAGGAAGAGGGCUCGAGAAGGAAAGCUAAACGCUGAAGAUCUGAAGGUGGCUAGAGAGCAAAUGCGUGCAUCUCAAGAUCGUGGGACUGAGGGGAAGGAUCUGACAAUCGGCGCGGUCGUGCAAAUUGCCAUGUUAGCAGGCGAUGAAGAACAGGCAAGAGAGUUGAUUGAGAACCAUGUUACCGGUUUAUAUCGACAUAUGCAGGAAUUGUGGGAUGACCCUGAAGUCGACGAGCGAGAGACAAGGAAGUGGCUAGGCGAUCACCUGGGUCUGCAUCAUUCGCCCGAAAUCUGGAAGAUCCUAAAGAACACCGCGCUUGGGGAGGCUCUUAAUGUCGACGAAGAGGCACUUGGAGCAUUCGUUAACGAGGGCUGUAAUCUCAUCAGACAGCGCUUUACACAAGGGCCUACACGUCCAUUCGCCAACAAGUCCAUCUCGGAAUUACUCCAGAUCCUCGACGAGAGCUACGUCGCAGCACGCAAAGCCAAUCCCGAAGCAGGCGAGCACAUGUCCAUCCUCAGCAUCGCCGAGAUCCCAUCGAGUUUUCUCAAAGGACCCGCCACAGCGCAUCAGAUCACCGAACUGGAGGAACGCCUGAAACAGCACGCAGCACCAGAUUCUGACGACGACAAUGAAGACGACGAUAAUGACGACUACUCACCAAUUCUCACUGAUGAACAUCUUCCAGACGACUACAAAGACUUCCUACGCCAAAGCAACGGGUUCUACGUCGACGAACCCGCCGAUUCCACCGGCCUAUUCUACGACACCGAAAUGGUAGGCACAGACGACACAGACUUCCUGCAAGACAUGGAUUUCACCCUCUUCCCGUACGAAUACACAUCCGUUACAGAAAUCGACAACAUCCCUCUCAACAACUUCGUGUGUUUCUCCAUCGGCGCAGGCGGCGACGAAGGCCAAGUCGUCUUGAUCCCGCCGAGCUCGGUAAAGCCUGUUUUAGAAGCGUUUGAGAAGACGUAUGCGGACGCUAGUGAAGUAAAUAAGAGAUAUUAUGAGCGUGCGGCGCUGGAUCUUUAUGGUGGGUUGGAGGCUCUUAGGCAGGUGGAGUGGCUGUGUGUGGUGUGGUAUCAUUGGGAUCCUGCGCAGAAGAUUUGGGGCUCGUUCCGGGGUCAUCUCGAACACUGUGUUGAGUAUGCGGUGAAGAGGCGGAGGGAAGAUGAGAAAGAAGCAGAGAAAAGGGAACAUGAUGAAGGGAAUCUAGCGAACAAAUAA